AUGAUUCGUAGAACUUCGUUAACAUUAAAUCAAUGCCAAAACCAAGCCAUUUCACAACAAACUCGUUCAAACAGUAUGCUGCUUCAUAAUUCUUCAGCAGAAUUGGAGCGUGGUGAAAGCGAAGGUACCAUCAACAUACUUUCCAUACAAACACAAUCUUUAAAACUAUCACCUCAAAAACCUAUGACUUGGCCAGAAUUGACAGAAUCUUUAGAAGCAUGGCAAGAUCCUGAAGAUGAUCUUGAUUUGGAAGACCAAGUUCCGCUAGCGUCGUUUGGUCACUUCUCCCCAGAAUUCGCAGCACGAUGGGAAAAAACUCUUCAGUAUGAAUCUGGGUCAGGCUAUCUGGAAAUAUGGGUGGCACGUUUUGAAGAAAUUCUCAGGCUGCCGCAAGCUAAAAAAUAUCGCGAAACAUUUAAACAGCGUAUCGGUAUAUUGUUGGAUGCGAUGGUGAACAAUCCGAGUUUACGUACACGAUGUUAUGAUAAAGCACAAGAUGCCACUGCAACAUGUCAUGACGGUAUUUUAUUCUCUUUAUUCGAAAUGGAAAUCAAACAGUUCGAGGAAAGAAUGAUUGCCUUGGAAUCAUCUGAUGAGGAGGUUCGUCAGGAAAUUGAGAGAAUCUUUAAUUUUUAUCGUUUACAAUAG